AAUGGCUAGAUCCAGGCCCAUAUAAUCAGCCCAAAUACAGUAAAUAUAUUGGGCAGGAUUCAAGAAACUAGGGUUUCACUCGUCGUUCAGCUUCCGUCGUCUGCUCUUCUUCGCCAGCUUAGAAUUAUUCAGUCGACCUAGUGUUCAAAGAGACCUGCCAAAAUGCAGAAUGAGGAAGGGCAAAACAUGGAUCUUUACAUCCCGCGGAAAUGCUCCGCUACCAACCGUCUGAUUACAUCCAAGGAUCAUGCUUCGGUGCAGCUUAACAUCGGGCAUUUGGAUGAGAGAGGCGUUUACACUGGCCAAUUCUCUACUUUUGCCCUAUGUGGUUUCAUCCGUGCCCAGGGUGAUGCGGACAGUGCUUUGGAUCGCCUCUGGCAGAAGAAGAAAGUUGAGGCCCGACAACAGUAGGCCAUUUUGUUCUCGUCCUUCGGUCUUUAAUGUAGCACUGGGUUCAACAACUUGCUCAUUCUUGGAUGUUUCUCUUUUUGCAAAUUGUGUGUUAGUGACUUUGAUGUGGAUGCAAUUUUGUGCCAUUACUCAUUGAGCUAUUCUAAUAUUACAAUCAUUUUGGGCCCAA